UUAAAGCGAAAAGAUGGAACACCUUUUAAAGUAGAGUCAGUUUAUAACUGUUAUGCAGCCUUGGCACACUAUUUAAGAGAACAUAAUGCAAUUGGAAGUAGAGUGUGUUUAUGGGAUAAAUAUUACUUUCCUAAAGCAUUAAAAUGCCUUGACAGAAAAAUGCGUUUAUUACAAAUGGAUGGAUAUGGCGAUACAAAUUCAAGUGAUGCCUUAACUUCUGAUGAAAUUACUGCUUGUUUAAAUUAUAAUUACCUUUCAGUUACUAAUAAUGAAGGGUUAACAAGACAAAUUUUUUUUUGGUUAUCAUUAUUGUGUAGCCUUCGUGGAGGAGACACAAAAAAAAAUAAUCAGGGUGGAGUUUUUCAAUGUAGACGAUAUGGUCAUACUGCUACACAUACUGUUUCGAUUCCUCCUAACAAUAAUGAAAAUCAAUUUGCACCAAUAAAAGAUAUAAUUUUAUAUUUAUCUAAACAUCCUGCCAAAUGUCAAGAUUCUGAUCCACUUUUUUUAGAAUGUUACAAACCUUCAUGUAUGGGUGCAAACAAACUUAAAAAAAUGUUACACCAAAUUGCUGUUAAUACUACAUCUGAUACAUCUGAAGAUGAAUUAAUGGCUUUUUCAAAUCAUCGAUCAUGUGAGGGUAUCAUGUCUUAUAUCAAACCUACAUAUGAUCAACAAUUAAACUCUAUAGCUUCACUUAUACCAUUUGCAACAAUUGAAGAAGAUCUAGAAGAAUAUUAUAAUUACCUUGGAGAAUCUUAUAUUACAUAUGAAUCAGAAGAAGAUAAUUCAGAUACUGAAAUGACAAUAUCUAAUUCAGAUUCAAGAAUAUUAGAAUGUGAAAUUUCUGAAACAUUUAUUAUGGCUAGUUCUGAAUCUGAAAUAGAAGUAACAGCAACAUCUAAUAAUAGCAUUAUUAAUAAUAGUUUACAACAUAAAUUGCCUAAAACUCGCAAAAUUAUAAAACAGUCAAAAUCAAGAUUAACUGUUUUCACACCUUUUAAACCACCAAUCAAGAAAGCAAAGAUUUCAAAUUCUAAAUCUAAUUUACAACAAAAACAAUUUUAUAACACUCAAAAAAAUCAAUUAUACAACACCCAAGAAAAAUGA